AUGGAUCUAAUUAAGGAAUCAUUUCCACCUGACAUCGCGGAGCUUUUCCGAGUGUGCCUGACUGGUAGCUAUUUCUCAUGGAACAGCAACUAUUACGAACAAACAGAGGGUGUCACAAUGGGCAGCCCAAUCAGCCCAAUAAUUGCUAAUUUCUUUAUGGAAAGAUUUGAAGAAAAAGCGCUAGAGUCAUCAGUUCUGAAGCCCGCAGUAUGGUUUCGUUAUGUGGACGAUACAUUUGUUGUUUGGAAACAUGGACGAGACAGCCUAGAUGACUUCCUUCAUCACCUUAAUACACAAAGCCCGAGCAUAAAAUUUACUAUGGAAACCGAAGUAAACAACCAACUGGCCUUUCUCGAUGUGCUUGUCAAGAGAAAUGGAGACCAUUUGGAUCACACGGUGUAUCGAAAACCCACUCAUAGAGACCGGUACUUGCACAAUCUGUCAAAUCACCAUCCAAGCCAAAAACAGGGGAUUUUCGGAACAUUAGCAAAUAGAGCAAGACGCAUUUGUGCUAAGGAUCACAUACAAGAGGAACUAAGUCACUUAAAGCCUUUCUUGCUAACGGGAACGAGACUUACGGAACACAAGAGAAGCUGCGGGUUAGGGCAAACAGACAAGUCGGCCGUAGCAGAACAUGCUCUAAGAGAUGGUGACCACAAAAUCCAGUUCAAAGACACCCAAGUCAUUGCCGCAACAUCUGGAUAUCAUCCUCGUCUGAUCAGGGAAGCUGUUGAAAUUCACAAACAUCCAAAUAAUUUCAACAGGAAGGAAGAAACUCUCUACCUAAACAGAAUUCGGCAUCCAGCUAUAUCUAGGACCAAGGUAGCAGUACAGAGAAGUAGACCAGUUUCGGAAGAACCACCACCUUAA